AUGGUAAAAAUUUGUAGCGCGUACGAUUGUACGAACCGAGCAAAUCCGUCUGCGAAAGAACAAGGAAUAUCGUUUUUAAAAUUUUCAACAAACAAACACAAGAGAAGAUCAUGGAUCAGAUCCAUUAACAGAAAGGACUUUAAGGAGACUGCAGUGGUCCAAAAGGAAAGAGAGAAAGGCAUGCUAAAUAUGCCCAUAAACAAGAUAAAGGAUGAUGACAAAGCUACAACAUUCUAUACAGGGCUGCCAUCAUUUGCUGUCUUUCUGUGGCUUUUUAACUAUUUAUCACCAAAAGCUGAAAGAAUGACAUUCUGGGGAGGGAAGAGCACAUCAACAACAGACAGACAACGACCAAUGAAGACAUCAGUUCCUCUCAUUGAUCAGUUUUUGGCAGUUCUGAUGAGGCUUAAAAUUGGACUCUUUGUCCAGGAUAUGGCAGACAGGUUUUCCAUUUCUAAAUCCACCUUUUCUAAUAUGUUUGUCACUUGA